AUGGCCUCGGCAAAUGCAACCUACGGGCAGAAGGAGUCUUCGGACCAAAACUUUGACUAUAUGUUCAAGAUCCUCAUCAUCGGAAACAGCAGCGUGGGCAAAACCUCCUUCUUGUUCCGCUAUGCCGACGACUCCUUCACACCGGCUUUUGUCAGUACAGUGGGCAUUGACUUCAAGGUGAAGACCAUCUAUAGGAAUGACAAGAGGAUCAAAUUACAGAUCUGGGACACGGCGGGUCAGGAGCGUUACCGCACCAUCACCACGGCUUACUACCGAGGAGCCAUGGGCUUCAUCCUCAUGUAUGACAUCACCAACGAGGAGUCCUUCAACGCUGUCCAGGACUGGUCAACUCAGAUUAAGACAUACUCAUGGGACAAUGCCCAGGUGCUGCUGGUAGGAAACAAGUGUGACAUGGAGGACGAGCGAGUGGUGAGCGGAGAGAGAGGCCGGCAGCUGUCCGAACACCUCGGUUUUGAGUUCUUUGAGGCUAGCGCCAAGGACAACAUCAAUGUGAAGCAGACCUUCGAGCGCCUGGUCGACAUCAUCUGCGAAAAGAUGUCUGAGAGCCUGGACGCUGGAGAUCCUGCCGUCACAGGGGCAAAACAGGGGCCCCAGCUGACAGAGCAGCCCGCUCCACCUCACCAGGACUGUGCAUGUUAAAGCUGACUACUCCCCUAAAACCCUCUUCCUCCCUCUUCGUCCCUUCUCCUUCAGCUGGACCCCAGGGCCUUGGGUCCAUACUCCAUCACCCUUUUCACUUACUUUCCUGCUUCUUUGUGUAACUUAGUAAGGAUCAUUGGCUGAUGGUCUCAAGAACCAGGUUGAAAAGUGUCUGAAAUUCUCUGAUUCUAGUGGACCAGUGCUUGAGGUGUGUUCGUUUCUGGUUCCUCCA